UGUCAAAACUCCAAGAUUACAUAAAGGGUAAUAUCGUCAUUUCCUAUAAAGAAAACACCAACCGAUACAAAACUCCGUUUUUAAGACGGCGGGACAUUGUUCAAUUCAUACGUUACAUAAACCAAAAAGCUUCGAAUCCCUUAUUACAAAUCUCGAAACUUCAACUUCUUCUUCAGACACAAAAAACACAAACCCGGAUCCGAAUAUGCCUAUCGGGUGGGUUAAAUCUUUACAUUGCAAAUCAAGAGCCUUCGACGAUGUCUAUCAUCACCACUCCAACAAUGGUAAACUCAUAUUGCCAAGUUACAGCUGCAGAAAAAACGUUAGAGACGUCGUCGAUACCCGACUCGGAUCCGUUAAGAAAAACCCAAAACCCGACCCGAGUUUACGGCGUUUGCGUUCUUCUCGUCGACCCGAAUCGGACUCCAGUUCUCAUCACCCGACCCGACGAAGCGUAUCCGCUAGAGCUUCUUCUGAGUCUGGUGCAUUGCCCGUUCUCACCGACUUGCCCGACGGUCAUCCGUCGAGAAACGUCGUGGAGAUUAUAUUCCAGUCUAGUUGGAGCUCCGAUGAGUUUCCGGGUCGGGUUGAAAUGAUUUUUAAAGUCGAAAACGGGUCAAGAGCUGUGACCCGGUUUGAGGAAUACAGAGAGGUUGUGAAAUCGAGAUUGGGUUCUGAUGAAGUCGACGGCGGCGCGUGUGAUGAGGACGCGAGGUGUUCGGCUGAUGGGAAUGAGAUGAUGAGGUUUUUUCCGAUGGGUCCGAUUCCGGGAGGGAUUAACGGCGGCGCGUGGGUUUUUCCGGGAGGUAAAGGAGCGGCGGUUUGUACGUAUUCAGGGAGCGGUGAAGCGCACGCGAGCACAGGAGGCGGAGGAGGGAGGAGAGCGAUGUUGAUAUGUAGAGUAAUAGCGGGUCGGGUUGCGAAGAAAGGUGAAUUCGGGUCGGAUUCAGUAGCGGGUCGAGCUGGUGAGUUGAUUGUUUUCGAUGCACGCGCCGUGUUGCCUUGUUUCUUAAUCUUCUUCAGAUUGUAAAAAAUAUCAUAAUUAUAAUAAUAACACUUACAAAAACAUCAAAUUUUAUAUGAUUUGGUUACAUU